AUGGAACCCCCCGAUCCCCCGGAGCCCGAGAGCCCGACCUCGACCAACCCAUAUUCCUUGUCCAGGGCCGUUCACGCUCGUCGCUCCGAAUACGUUCGACCGCACCGCAUCCGCAUAAAAGUCGGUACAUGGAAUGUGGCAGCAUGUCCGGGUACGGACAAAGACCUUGCGCAAUGGUUUAUCGAUGGCGAAGGGUUGGAUCCUGCACUGGGUUCGUCGGCGGACCCGGCCAAGGGAGGGUGGGGCAGUGGCGAUGAUGGUCACGAUGCAACGGGUGGCGCAGAAAACCCUAUACAAUUGACGGAUGGCGAUAAGAUUGGCCUCUAUGUACUGGGCCUCCAAGAGGUUAACAUCCUCACGGCACCGGGCCAGUACAUGGGGUGGAUCUACUCCGACGAUUCGACAUUGACAAGGUGGAAGACAGCGUUGGAGGCAGGGCUUCCAGCAGGCUACGAGUUUGUGUCGGCUCAACAGUUGGCCGGGAUGCUCUUGUUGGCGUAUGCCGCACCCGAGAUUGCCCCAACGAUCAGCAACGUCAACUCGACCUACGUUGGCACCGGCGCGCUUGGGAUAGGAAACAAGGGCGCGGUGUGCACUCGGGUCGUGCUGGGAGAGACAACACAGCUGUUGUUUGUGAAUUGCCACUUGGCUAGCGGCGUCGAAGACUAUUACCUGGGCCGUCGGAUAGCGCAUGCGCAGCAGAUCAUAGCGCAGGCCAGCUUUGAACCGAUUGUGGUCUCGGGGGUGUCGGAAGAUGAGAAGAGUAAGAUUGGUGAUGAAGACGUGGCAUUCUGGUUUGGUGAUUUGAACUUUCGGUUGGAGAACCUUCCUGGGGACGACAUUCGGCGGCUCUUGAUGCUCCACACACAGGGCGAGUAUGAUUUGUCGAAAAAGAUGCUCCGACGCGAGAGCUCUCUCGAAGGCGAGCCGGUUGUAGUACAUCGGUUGUCGGAUAGCAGCGAUGAAACUUCGGAUCCAGAUGCUAAGAGACGGCCGCCAAAACAACCGGAGGACGAAAUACCCAAUUCCAAGGGAGAGGACGAUGUCGAUUCCCUUGACCUCCCGGAUCCGGACGAGUUCCUCGAGGACCCGCACCAGGAUCCUGCCUCACUCCAAGCUACACUUGACUCCCUUUUACCACACGACCAACUUGGCCGGCUCAGGAAACAAGGUCAGAUCUUCCACGAGGGAUGGCAAGAAGGGCCCAUUACGUUUCUUCCAACAUACAAGUAUGAUGUUGGGACGGUUACACUCUUUGAUUCGAGCGAGAAGCAGCGGGCCCCGAGUUGGUGCGAUCGGGUGUUGUAUCGCACACGCAGGGACCGAGAGGCGUAUCAGCGCAAAGCGCAACAGGAAGCAGACGCCCGCAAGAGAGAUGAGGAAAUGAAAGCGCGGGGUAUGGCCCAUGAAACGGAUGAUGAUGUGUUGUUCUCGUACGACCCCGAAAACGAUGGAGAAGAGCAGCCGAAGGCCGUCAGUUUUGAGUAUGAUGAAUACGACGAAGGCGAGGACAAUGGGGACGAGCCGGAGCCCAAUGAAGCAACCUCACACAACAAACUACGUCUAGAUCUCUACACAUCACACCAGCGAAUCACAUCAUCAGACCACAAGCCCGUCACAACUAUAUUCACGCUAGACUAUGAUGCCGUGGUCCCAGACCUCAAGGCCACGGUGCACGCAGAGGUAGCACGAGAGUUAGAUCGUGCGGAAAAUGAGGGUCGCCCAGGCAUCGCAAUCGUUGUGGAUCAACACCAGCCCGGGACGGCGGCUCAAGGAGAUGGCCCGGACGGCGCGUUGCAUGUGGACUUUGGGGAAGUCCAAUUCCUGAAGAAGUACACUUCGACACUCACACUUGCGAAUACGAGCGGGGUCCCUGCCACGUUGUCAUUCGUUGAAAGUAUCCAAACCGACGAUGAUAAGCCAGAGCAUUCGGCACAAACUCAAUGGCUUACCACUUCGUUCCUGCACUCCGAGCCUGCCAACGACGACACGGAGUCCGUCGAUCUAGGAAACGAAGUUACUCUUGAGCCGGGCGAGACACUCAACGCAGUGCUCGAUUGUGUGGUGUCCGACGUCAAACACGCUCAGAUGCUCAACGAAGGACAGUCCACGCUGGAAGAGGUGCUCGUCCUCCGCAUCCAAGACGGCCGCGAUCACUUUAUCCCCGUGCACGCCUCAUGGGCACCCUCCUGCAUCGGGCGCUCGAUCGAAGAGCUCAUCCGCGUCCCCGAAGGCAAGGGAAUCCGCGCCUUCGCCACGUCCAUCUCGACCAAAACCGGCCGAAUCGGACCUAUCCCAUACGACUUGCCCGCCCACCGGCCGGCCCCCAAGGAGCUCUUUAUUCUGACCAGCGCCAUCGAAAACGCCACACAACGCGCCCUCGCUGACGCUCAGAUUCUAGACGACUGUGUCAUCCCGUCCGACCCGGGUUGGCCGUUUGACGAGGCUACGUGCCACGCCGCCGAUGUCGACACGCGUGCAUCACACGUCCUCGAUCUACUUGACGCACUCGACCGCGAUGAAACGACCUCCCCGAACCUGUCUGCAGCUUUACCCGCCGAAACAUCCUCCCUCGCUCGCCUGGAAGCACUCGCGCAGACACUACUGCUGUUCCUCCGAGGUCUGACCGACGGGAUCAUCUCGACGCACCUCUGGCAACGCAUCGAACAAGCCGCGACAUCCACCCCACCGUCUUUACCAACAUUAACCAACCCAAACGCUGCACUACCCGCCUUAGACGACGAGGACAACCACCACAGCAACAGUAUCUCCCUCGACUCGGACCGAUCCACAAUUCACGAGAUCGUCCAGUCCACCUCGCCGCAUCACAACAUCUGCUUUGUGUUUCUCACUGCCAUGCUCGCGCGGGUCGUGACUGAUCUCGCCCCGAUGUCGAACGCAGAAUGGGAUGCGCUCCAGGCCGCGGCGCGAGCUGUACCAGGGUCGGCUACGAUACCGACGGGCGUGAAAGGCAUUGGCGGGGUCCUGGGGGGUGUAGGCAGGAAGUCGUUGAGUUUUGUGAAACGGGGUACUGCUUCUUCUAUCCUCUCGUCAGGCACUGCCGGCGAUGUCGGCAGUGGGGUCAGCGUGGUGGAUGCGUUUACGUCGUUGGAGAAGAGGAGAGUGAGAGAGAGGAAGGUGGCGGAGGUUUUUGGGCCGGUGGUUUGUCGCGGGUUAGAGGAGGUGCAGGGGACGAGGGAGAGGAAGGUUGCGGAGGGACGGAGGAGGUUGGUUUUGGAGUUAUUUGUGAGGCGGAGAGGGGCUGAUCGGACGGGGCGCUGA